AUGUCUAAACCUUCUACACCCGUGCCUCACAAUUUGAACACACUUCUACUGCGGAGACAGCUGGCGGAGCUGACGAAGCGACCGGUUGAAGGCUUCUCAGCAGGUCUUGUUGAAGAUAACAAUUUGUAUGAGUGGGAGAUCAUGAUUAUUGGGCCUCCGGAUACACUAUAUGAGGGGGGCUUCUUCAAAGCUCGCCUAAGUUUCCCGGAGGAUUACCCUAUUCAGCCACCAAAGAUGCGGUUCCUCACUCAGAUGUGGCAUCCGAACAUCUAUCCAGAUGGUAAUGUCUGCAUCUCCAUCCUCCACCCGCCUGGCGAAGAUCAGUAUGGUUAUGAGGAUUCGGGCGAACGAUGGUUGCCUGUCCACACAGUCGAAUCGAUUUUGUUGAGUGUGAUCUCCCUCUUGUCAUCGGACAAGCCCAAUUUGGACAGUCCAGCAAACGUAGAUGCCGCGAAGGAGGUACGGACUGACUUUGAGUCUUAUAGGAAGAAAGUCCGUCGUCUGGUCCGACGAAGCGCGGAAGAGGCAUACGACUGA